AUGCCUCUCAUUGAAACAGAAGACUUGUCGGCACCUUAUUGCCCCACAUCAGCUUCUAAAUUCACCAAAAGAAUAUCUGAUUUCCAGUUUCCCUCCAAGAUUAAAAUGCCAUCUAAUGUGAAAAUGUAUGAUGGUACCACAGAUCCAGAUGACCACAUGGGCGUAUUCUCUGGCGCGGCCAAGGUGGAACAAUGGUCCAUGCCUGUGUGGUGCCACAUGUUUGGCCAAACUCUUUUUGGUUCUGCCCGAGUUUGGUAUGAUAGUUUAGCAAGAGGGAGCAUUGAUAGCUUUGAAGAAUUGAGGCAAAAAUUUCUCACUCACUUCAUGGUUCAACAAAAAUACACUCGAAACCCGGUGGAGGUCCAUAACAUUCGUCAAAGAGAAAAUGAGAGCCUCACCGCAUUUAUGGAAAGGUACAAUUUGGAAAGUAUGCGGAUCUUGGGAGCAAGUGAAACCAUGCGGGUGUUAGGUUUUAUGCAUGGCAUCAGAUCCAAGCAAUUGAUAGAAAAAUUAAAUACAAAGGUUCCUGAUACUGUGAAAGAAAUGAUGGAAGUGGUUAAAGCUCACAUUAGAGCAAAAGAAGCUAUCAUAGCUGCAAAAUUAGAUGAAGCACCAGCCCGACGCAACAACAAGCAAUCACGCCAAUUCAACAAUAGAAGGGCAUAUACCUCAUCCACCGAGAGGUCUGAGCGUCAUCAAAAUACUCCUUAUUCUCCAGCUAAUGUGAGGCGGCAUGAACAUGACACCGCUUUAAUCAAAACACUUGCCGAAAUUUUGGCCACCGAAUAUGCACGAGUUGGUUUCAUUCGACCCCAACCAAUGAUGGGGGAUCCUAAUAAGAGGAACGCGCAGUAUUGUGAGUUCCACUCUGACAAAGGGCAUCACACCAACGAUUGCUGGCAGUUGUAA